GAUAUGUGGUAUACGUUACAAGGAAAUCAUGAAGUCAUCGAUGACAAGGUGGUGGUGGAGUUAUCCUGUUCUGGUCAUUUAGGCUAGCCUACAAGUUCAGGUGGACCACCAGCAGCUGACUACACAACACAUUGACAGCACCCAGAGCAGAAGAUGAAUGGAAUUAAUGGCCAUGAUGCAGAUAUUUCAGACUUCAGCCAUGCAAAGGGCCAGCACUUUCUAAGUGAGGUUAAAGUUAUCUUCGAGGAGGCUAUUUGUAAAGCCACAGAUGUGAAUGAGAAGGUGUGUGAUUGGCAUGAUCCAGAGCAGUUGGAGGAGCUGCUGGAUUUGGAGCUGAGAGACAGUGGAGAGUCACAUGACCAGCUGCUCUCCAGAGUCCGAGAUGUCGCCAAAUACAGCGUCAAGACCAACCAUCCACGGUUCUUCAAUCAGCUAUUUUCUGGCCUUGACUACCAUGCCCUGGCUGGUCGACUCCUGUCAGAAACUCUCAAUACAAGCCAAUUUACAUAUGAGAUGGCCCCAGUGUUUGUUCUGAUGGAGCACGUGGUUCUCACCAAACUCAUCUCAAUGGUGGGCUGGCCCAGUGGCGACGGCCUCUUCUGUCCAGGUGGCUCUAUGUCCAACAUGGUUGCCAUGAAUGUGGCACGUUACCAUGCCUUUCCUCAAGUGAAACAGCAAGGACUCUGGGCUCUGCCACGGCUUGCUGUCUUCACCUCUCAAGAAUGUCAUUAUUCUGUGAUGAAGGCAGCAGCAUUCCUUGGCAUAGGGACUGACAAUGUUUUUCAUGUGAAAACAGAUCAGAGUGGUUCCAUGGACCCACAGGACCUUGAAGUAAAAAUCAUGCUCGCCAGAUCACAGGGUGCAGUCCCUUUCAUUGUGUCUGCAACAUCAGGCACAACUAUACGUGGAGCUUUUGAUCCCCUGGAAACUAUUGCCGACAUCUGUGAAAAGCAUUGCCUAUGGAUGCAUGUGGAUGCUGCUCUUGGCGGUAGUGUGCUCUUCUCCAAAAAACAUAAGCAUCUCGUGAAAGGAAUUGAAAGAGCCAACUCAGUGACUUGGAACCAACAUAAGAUGCUGACAACAGGUCUGCAGUGUUCUGCAUUCCUUGUUAGGGACACUGCGAAUCUGCUUCAAAAAUGUCAUUGUGCCAGUGCCACAUACUUGUUUCAAAAAGAUAAGUUCUAUGACAUGAGCUUGGACACAGGCGACAAGACCAUCCAAUGUAGUCGAAAGGUGGACUGUCUGAAACUAUGGCUGAUGUGGAAAGCAGUUGGCACCAAAGGCCUUGCAGAGAGGGUAGAGAGAGCCCUUUCCCUCACAAGGUUCCUUGCAGAGGCAAUCAAGAAAAGAGAGGGAUUUCAACUGUUGAGUGAGCCAACAUUUGUGAAUACUUGCUUUUGGUACAUACCACCCAGUCUGAGGGGGAAGGAGAACAGUGACGAUUACCAAGACAGACUGUCCAAGGUGGCCCCAGCCAUAAAGGAAAAAAUGGUGAAGGAGGGAACAAUGAUGGUGGGAUAUCAACCAUUGAAUGGACAGGUCAACUUCUUCCGCAUGAUUGUCGUGUCUCCACAGACCUCUCAAAGAGACAUGGAUUUUUGUCUUGAUGAAAUAGAGAGACUCGGGAAAGAUCUGUAACAUGAAUAUUUAAAACAGCACAUUAGCAACACACAUUAGCCUAAUGAUUGCACCUGGGUUUUCUUUUUUUUGUCUGUUACUCUCACUCAAACUCAAACAAAAUGUUAUUACUGGUCUGCCCGGUUUCCUUUUGCAAGUAGCCUGGUGGUGUUUUUUGAUUUGCUUAAGCAGGGUCUAUGAGUCUAUGCUGAAAAACAAUGUAUGAGCCUUAACUCAAAAACAAUAACAAUGAAAAAGAUGAUUUUGAGUCUCUGAAAUAAAUUAUCCUAGGCUAUAAGGGCCCGAUU